UUCGAAUAAUCGUGGAAAAUUUGAUUUUUCCUUCUUUUCCUUCGUUACCUACCCACUAAAUAGAAGAAAAAAAAUUAACUCCUUCAACAAGUGGCUGAAGUGCCGAGUGAAGUAAAUAUGACUCUAUUUUUGUGCAAUGACGUCAAGUCUGGAACCCACUCCCUGCUCAUACUUCCGGAAAGCCAAUAUGGCGGCAACAGAAGAUUAGAGAAGAUAGGAGGUAGCGGCAAUUUCGAAUAUUCGUCGCUUUCUGAUGAAAAAUGGAUAGUUCUGCUGAAACUACCCGUCUCCUGUACAGGAUUUCUAACGAAAUGCGGUCCCAGGACCUUCAAAAUCUCAAGCACUUGUGCCAUGAACGCAUUCCACUCGGUGAACUUGAAAAAGCGACGCAAGCGAGUGCCUUGUUCCAAAUUAUGCUUCAGAAGCGAUUGAUAAGGCCAGAAAAUCUGAGCUUCUUAGAGGGUUUACUGAACCAGAUUGGCAGAGCUGAUCUAGCUGGCAAGAUUCAGUCAAGUGGACGAGAUGUCACGAUGCAAACGGAGAGCGCCUUGGGAAGUAAUUCAGUUGAUAGGAAUUAUCGAGCUUUCCUGAUGAAGCUCAGUGACGAGUUAACACGGGACAACGUCGAAUCACUAAAGUUUGUCGCAAAUCUACCGGAUGGCAUAGAGGAAAAAGUUCAGAAUGGAAAGGAUCUGUUCAAGUAUAUGAUCCAACAAGGAAAUCUUGGGCCAUGCAAACUAGAUCACCUAGCAGACAUGCUCCAAGAAAUACAUCGCCGUGACUUGGCAGAGAAGGUGAAGAAAUUUCAAUCAGAGGGGGGUGUAUCUCCCAGUACUAGUGAUGAUCAGCCCCCUCCAAUGCAAAUCAACAACCAACGCCAAAUGGUCGUAACGCCACCAUCAGGUAGACCAUUAGUGACAGGGAAACAGCCCACAAUGCACCAGAUGGGUGAGUCCAGGCCACCAGCUGUGCCUUUGCUGUCUCCAAGCUUCUUCAGCAGAGCUCAAACUUCAGAUGCUGGAAAUGUGGAGCCACGAUACCCUGUUCAGGCCAUGCCCAAUCCAGCAGAAAUCCUUGCACCCAUGCAACAAUUAGGAGUGGAUGAGGAAGAAGCAAUGCCUUCAUACCCCAUGACAAAUCGUCCGCGUGGCAUUGCACUGAUUAUAAGCAAUGAGCACUUUCAAGGAAAUCCAGACUUGAGAGAUCGGCAAGGGAAUGAAAAGGAUGUAAAGCACCUUCGUGAGUUGUGGGAGUUUUUGAAUUUCGAAGUAAUUGUGAGGGCAGACCUUGAGUCAGAAGAUAUCUAUGAUGUUCUGAGAGGUAUUUCGACUAUGGAUCACAGGAACUUUGACUGCUUUGUGUGCUGCCUACUCAGCCACGGAGCUAAUGGAGGGAUCUAUGGCACAGACAGCACACUGGUAGAGAUCAAAGAUAUCACAUCCAUGUUUAAGGGCGUGGCAUGUCCUUCUCUCGCCCAUAAACCUAAACUGUUCUUUAUCCAGGCUUGCAGAGGGCUAGAUCGUGAUAGAGGAGCACGGUUUGAAACAGAUGCAGUGGAAAGCAAUCCCGAGGAUGCAAUGAGGCAUAAUGCAGAGCCAAAUGAAAGCCACUUUCUCCUUGGCUAUGCCACUCCUCCAGGUUAUGUUAGCUGGCGGAGCCAGGUGCAUGGUUCCUGGUAUGUUUCAAAGCUCUGUGAAGUGUUCCGAAAGUAUUGCGAGAGGUUUGAUGUUAUGACCAUGAUGGUAAAGGUAAAUGAUGAAGUGUCCGACGCAUUCACCAGGCAGGGUUACAAGCAGUGCCCAGCUCCAGUUGUCACGCUCAGGAAGAGAAUCUACUUAAACAAUAACUGAAUGGUACAAUCUUGGCUUAGGAAGGACUUUCACUAACUGCACAGUGGACAGUAACAUGUACCUAAUGAACAGAGUCAUUACAGCUAGUUUCUCUUCUUUACAAACUGAAGAGUUUGAUCACUCAUAAACAUAGCCACCCCAAUUAUACCAACCAUGAUGGCUUGUUGAUGUUUCAGCCUAGGUAUUCUGUUUAAAAGCUUUAGAUGUACUCAAAGAUGAGGCAAAAAUUUUAUGCCAUGCAUAGGAAUAGCUUUCUGUGACAUGUUGUUAAGUGUUACUAUGGAGAGUCAUCUGUCAGUAAGGAAAAUUAUUUGAAUAUCUACUUAAUGGAGAGUGUUUUUUUCUCUCUCAAAUAUCUGUUAUUGAGGCCAAUUUGGUGUGACUCCAUGCAACGAACAUUCCACAAAUUGAAAUUGUUUAGUGCUUCUGCAUUUUGUAUCACAGGAUUACACUAUAAGAUUAGAUAUUGCUCUAAAUAUAGGUGGAAAUGUGAGCUAGUUUACUGUUACUACGGGAAAUAGUUAAUAGCAGUUUGUCAUACAUAUGUAUACUUCGAAGAAGUAUACUUAUUAUACAAGUGAGUAUGUAAAGGGUGUACUUCCUGUGUCAUGACUGGAUAUUACCUUGGCUUGAAACAUGAAAUAAGUGGGGGUGUUUUCCUCAUGAGGAAUCAUAGCAUAUUCCAUAUUCUCAUAGUUGCUCUCUCUAGCUACACUAUUACUCGUUAAAAACGAUUAUCAUGUGUAAGACAAAAAUCAUGGUUUUAGUUUGUGAUUUUCCGGAUGUCAACGGAAUUAUGUGAAAGAUCCGAAACGUGAUAAAACGUUAAAUGAUCGUAGUUAAAAUCCGUGAAACAUGAUAUGGAUCCCCAUCACUCCCUCCCCUCCCUCCCCUCCCCCCUUGCUACACUCUUCAGUUUUUCAUCAAUUUAGAUGGUGAACUGAAACUUUCAGAGGAAAAGUUUCGUCAGUAAGCUUCCAAAAAUGAUAAUUAAGUGCUUUUAAAGUUGUGGUUUAGUACAUGUAUUCCAAUGUCGAAAAGAGAGGGCAAGUGCUAUGUGCAUCGUGAUUUACUUUAAGCUUUCAGUUUAGCGAUGUAAUUUCUAAAAACAGAGAAAAAUUUCCUAUCAGAUCUUAACUUGGAAAAUAGAAAACGUGUUUAAGGUGAUUUUUAUAGUUACAGAAAUUAUCUAAGGGACAAUUAAGUGGCUGACUUUCUUGGUCUCCUGGACUAGUCAGAAAUAAAAGAGAAUUGCUUUGCCACUAUUAUCAAGCAAACUAGGUUUUCAAGUUUGUUGCGACUGAAGAAAAUUCUGUUAAAAGAUUUGAAUCCAGUGGCGUUUUAUUGCCAGGAAGAUAUCAAGACAAGUAGUAAAAUGAGAAUACCUAUUUAAACUGUUGAAGCUUAUGUUUAAAAGUAGGGUUAGGAGAACUUUACUAUACAAAUACAGGUUUCUGUGAGUUGUAGCAGCAGAAUAAACUUGCCAAGUAUACCAAA